CUGGUGCUCAUGUGUGCAUUGUGUCAAGUUUUGAUUCUUUGUCUUAAUUUGUUUCAUUAAUUUGAAUGAAUUUGGUUUAAAGGAUAGUUGUGUAAUUUUUGUGCCACUAGUGUCUAUUAUUGGUCCAAAUCCCAACUUACACCAUUGGUUGAGUUAAUGUCGGUAUGCUGAUGUAGGUGGGAUGCUCAAACAAACAGAGCAAUGUUUUGAUAGAGCCACAGUGUUGACAUUUUAUAGACGAAUCAGCCUACAAAUAGCUUACUUAUAGUUCUUUCUGCAUAUUAAAGGGAUAGUUCACCCAUAAGGACAAUUCUGUUAUUUAUUCACCCUCGUGUCAUUUCAAACCUGUGUGGCUUUCUGUCUUCUGCAGAACACAUAAAUAGAUGUGUCUUACAUUAGUUUUGUGUUCUUACAAUAGAAGUGAAUGGGUAGCGCCGUUGUUUGGUUACCAACAUUCUUCAAAAUGUCUUCUUUUGUGUUCUGCGGAAUAUUAACGAUGACAGAAUUUUCAUUUUUGGGUGAACUAUCACUUUAAGCUGUGAAAAUGUGCUGCACUGACAUUGUACAUGUUAGUUUUUCUGUGUGUGUACAAUACCAUAUACAUUGCGAUGUAAGGAGGUCCUCAAGCAGAUGUGCAUUAGCUAAUGUUGCCUGGACGCAGCUGGGUUGGGCAGGACUAAUAGACAGACCAAAACAGUAUGACAUCAUAAUGAGAGUGUUGGGGGUGAGCUGAGAAAGAGAGCGAGAGAGGGAGAGAAGAAGAGAAGGAGGGUGGGAUCAAACCAGCCACUCUAAGGGACAGAACAAGCUCUCAGUACAGCAGAGAGAGAGAGGGAUAGAGAGAGAGAGGGAGACGCUUAUGUGUGCGAGAGGACACAGGGCUAGACUCAGUCCACAGAGAGCCGAUUCACCUCCCAGUGGAUUCCUGUGGAUUUCUCCUUUGCUUCCACUGCAUCUUUCCUCUUUUCCUUUUCCUAACCAUCCCCCCUUCCCCUCCCUCCUUUCCCCCACUCUCCUCUCCGCUCUGGACCGCUCCUCCGGGCAUGCUACUUAAGCCCAAGUAUGGCCGCUUCCGGAACGACUCAGUGACCUCCUCCGACGACCUGAUGCAGAGCCUAGCCAUGAGCGGGAAGGUGGUGGGCACGCCGGUGGCCUCCUCGUCCACGACAGGCUUGGAGCUGCCACCCCUGGAGAACGCCGCUCUUCCUCCGCCCUCGGCUCAGGUACUGGCCGAUUCCCCCGGGCUGGACGGUGAGCAGGACGGCACCACCACCUUCUGCAUGCUCAUUCCCAAGAUGCCCCAGUGGAAGUUCUCCAACUCUCUGCUAAGUCGUAGCCCCUCCAACAGCAGCUCCAGCUCUGGUUCCAGCAAGGACUCAAGCAGGGCACAUCCGGCCGAUACCUCCGCACCCGCUUCUGGGGGUGCGACCGCUGCUAGUGGUCCUGUGGCUAGUCUUGCAGCCGUCUUCAACUCUUGUGACCCUGUUUGUGUGGGUCCUUGUUCCCUACAGGCCGUUAGGAGGCAUAGGGUCAGCGGGAAUUCAGCAAGUCUCAGAGAUUCAAGCGCAGGGGCCUCCGAAGGGAGUCCGGGGGGCUCUGGAAGCUUCAGGACAGGGAUGAACCGGAGGACCAGGGUGGAGGGCAUAUGGCUGGGAGAUAACUUCACCCAGAAGGGAAGCUUCAUGAACAAGCCGUCCCAGGGGUGGUUGCACCCUGACAAAAAGAUCAGCAGCACAGGAGCUUCGUACAUCGUCAGGUACAUGGGGUGCAUCGAGGUUUUGAAAUCAAUGCGAUCUUUGGACUUCAGCACUAGGACACAGAUUACAAGAGAGGCCAUCAACAAAUUGUGUGAAGCUGUACCUGGUGGAAAAGCUGCCUGGAAGAAGAAGGUCACCAACAAAACCCUUCAGUCUAUCAUGGGGAAGAGUAACCUUCGAUUUGCUGGAAUGAGCAUCGGCGUCAACAUCUCCAUCGAUGGCUUGAGUUUGCUGGUCCCCACCACACGACAGGUAAUUGCACACCAUCCCAUGCAGUCCAUCUCCUUCGCUUCUGGUGGAGACUCGGAUACGCCUGACUAUGUUGCCUAUGUGGCCAAAGAUCCUGUCAAUCAAAGAGCUUGUCAUAUCAUGGAGUGUAGUGAUGGUCUUGCCCAGAAUGUGAUCAGUACCAUCGGUCAAGCCUUUGAACUGCAGUUCAAACUGUACUUACACAGUCCACCCAAAGCCAUUCCCACUAUGGACAGGAAUAUACGAACAGAGGAGUCGGCAUGGGGUGAUGAUGAGGAGUCAUCCGAGCAUGAUUAUUACAACAGCAUCCCGGGCAAAGAACCUCCAGUGGGGGGUGUGGUGGACUCUAGACUCAGACAUCCUGUGGGCCUACUAGGUCACGUCCAUACCCAACCACAAAGCAAACCAGCUCAGGUGGGGUCACCAGCCAAAAGAGAUGCAAACACCCUUCCCGCUGCCCAUUUGUGUUAUGAAGUGCAUUGGGACACAGAAAACAACAGUAGCUCAAGUUUGACUUCUGAUGGUUACCUGCGAGCGGAUGGACAUCCACCUGGCAGCCGUGAUUACGAGGAACAUCUGUAUGUAAACACUCAGAAUCUGGACAACAUGGAGACCUCAGGAGGACACACAUCAGAGAGUCCUAAGAAAGAUAUAUUUGACAUGAGGCCAUUUGAGGAUGCCCUGCGUCUGCACGAGGCCGGUGGGGUUUGUGUACUGGAGGACAAAUGGCCGAGCCCCCCGCACCGCCGGGCCCCCGUCGCUCCUACAGAAGACCAACUUCGACGUGAAGUGUGGUACCACGGGCGCAUGAGCCGCAGGGAUGCAGAGAGUCUUCUGGGCCGAGAUGGAGAUUUCUUGGUGCGGGACAGCGCGACUAACCCAGGACAGUAUGUGCUGACGGGGAUGCAGUGCGGCCUGCCUAAACAUCUGCUGCUGGUGGAUCCAGAAGGAGUGGUUCGGACUAAAGAUAUGCUAUUCGAGAGCAUCAGUCACCUGAUCAUCUACCACUUGACCAACAAACUGCCCAUUGUGGCGGCGGAGAGUGAGUUACACCUCCAGCAGGUGGUUUGCAGAAAGAAUUGACCUCCAAGUCCAUAUACAUGAGAGCGAGGCUGUGACCCGUGCCGCCAAUCUAGAAGCUCCACAAUAUUGCCUUAAACGCAGACUUUGAGCUUCCACUGGGACUUGUGGGAUAUCGCUGUUCCUAAGGCACUGACCACAAACUACAGCUUUCAGCAUGCCUUGCUCAAUCAUCCCAUUCACCAACCCAGAACCCGCUGAGAAGAACCCCACACACCAGAGAUCCUGACAUUAGGAGAUAAAGUGCUUUCCGUCGUGCAAACCGAACCCUGCAAUUCAGUUUGUUGGUGAUGACCCAGCGUCGCCUGUCAAAAAUGUGAACUUAUGAGAAACACAUGAGACAAAUCGUCUUAUUCUCUACAUUUCCUCAAACAUUCGUUUGUCUUGAAUGGACUGCUGUUUCUGAAUGUGGUGUAUUCAGUAACCAUGGCUAUGAUCGUUUCUGGUGAUCACUCGUGUGGAACUGCUGGACAUCAGUAGGCCUUUGUUGUCAUGCUUAUGAACGUGGUCACAACAGUUUGUUCUCAGGAUGCUGUAUUUGAUAUUGGACGUUAUAUAAAGCUUAUAAGCUCAGCUUUAAUGCAGUCGUAUCAAAUGCACAUGUUUAAUUUACUGUAUGAACUCUCAGGACCAAACACUGGGUCAUGUGAUGUUGCCAUUUCUUAAAAGCGAUGGUGAUCAAGUGAUGCAUUAUACUUCAAAAUAUACGAGAUGACAAAACAGAUGAAAAUAUUCUACUUUUCUUUUGGUUAGUUACGUAAACAAAUGUCCACAACUUUAUUUAUAUGCACCAAAACACACAAGUUCAACCAAAAAUGACAAUGUCAUCACUUGACGUUGUUGUCUAUGACUACUAUGACGGCACGUUAAAGCGGCUAUCUGUAACUUUUGUCUCUAUAUCAUCAUCUCUAUUUGAAACUUAAAAUUGAAUGUUACUUAACUUUACGUACUUCUCUUUAUGUAAGUUGAAGUCAAAUGACGCCAAACUGACAUUUCUCGCAAAAUCGAACCGCACAGCUCUACUUUUAGACGGUUUCAGAGGCAACAACAUAAACAAACGUUAUGUGGUCCAAACUUAAC